CCAUUUUUACAUUCACUAAUUCUCGGCUUUGAAAAAUGCAACUAACUCAUCUCUCUGUUUGUUCGUCACAGAGAGAGAAAGCUAGAGUCCUUAAGAAUUAAGAUCCCCCCCCCCUCCCCCCGGGGGAAGCCAGAGCAAAGCAAAGAGCCUCCCUCCCUCUUGGCAGAAGAAGCUCUCCACCCAUAAAGCUACCCAGUUUGCAUCUGCUCAACUCAAGCGUGAGAUUACUCAAAUGCCUCCCAACCCGCCCAAAUCCUCAGUCUUGCUCCACCGUGUCCACACCGCCACGUCGGCGACAUCAAACAUGGCGUCGUCGCAGUACCAAAACCAAAGAGGCGGAGGAGCUGCUGCACUGCUACUCAACAACAAUAGUAAUAAUAAUAGUAAGAAGCGGGCCACAGUACCAGAAGUGGUGGCGCGGCACCACACGCAUGCGGUGGGUCCUAACCAGUGCUGCUCGGCCGUGACUCAAGAGAUCGCUGCCCCCGUGUCCACCGUGUGGUCGGUGGUGCGGCGCUUCGAUAACCCGCAGGCGUACAAGCACUUCGUCAAGAGCUGCCACGUCGUUGCGGGCGGCGGCGACGUGGGGUCGCUGCGGGAGGUGCAGGUGAUAUCGGGGCUGCCUGCGAACAACAGCACGGAGAGGCUGGAGAUCCUUGACGAUGAGAGCCACGUCAUCAGCUUCAGCAUGGUUGGCGGGGACCAUCGGCUGUCGAACUACAGGUCAGUGACGACGCUGCACCCGUCGUCGAGCGCAGGCGGCGGAACGGUGGUGGUGGAGUCGUAUGUGGUGGACGUGCCGCACGGGAACACAAAGGAUGACACGUGUAUUUUCGUGGACACCAUUGUUCGUUGCAACCUGCAGUCACUCGCUAAGAUCGCCGAGGAUAUAGCUAGCAAGACGCAAUGCUGCUGACUACUGAGGCAGUUGGCAGCUGCAUGGCUAGGCUUCUCAACAAGAAAAUUAUUCAUCCGGCGUCUCAGCGUGCAUUUCACAGCACUGGCAUAAUUAAGUUAAGAGUAAGUGUGUAGUUUGUGUAAAUUCUUUGUGUAUUAUAUUUUGUAAUUAAGUUAAUUCUCAUUGUCAUGCGCUGCUAUCAAUCUAUGUUGUCGUUAUGAACUCUUAAGUCCUGAAAUAUUAACUUUGUCGUUUAAUGCGCGGGAAUGAGUUGCGCGUCUAUUAGGGUUUUGGUUUAGGUAACAUGCAAUGUAGAUGGUAUUGUAUUAGUUAAACAUAUACGAUGUAGAUUAAGUUGUUAAUCAGAUUGAUAUCUUAUUUAUUA